AUGGCUGUGAUGGGCGAUCAGCAAACUGCCCUGGCACCUGUCAUAUCCCUUGCAACUUCAUCAAGUGCCACAUACCUGAGCUCUGUCGUCACAAAGCCCCAUGAGGAGGGCAAGAGAAUGCAGAGGUGUCAUAGAGCAGAAUUUCACUACGGUAACCUCCGUGCCAAGAACAGUACCAGUACUUUAUGCAUAAGACUAAGUAACCCAGAGACUGUGGAAAACAUCUUGGAUCUCUUAGAUCAAAAUAAAAAUGGACAAGUUGAUUUUCAUGAAUAUCUCUUUCAGCCUGAUUCCCACCGUGGUCAGUCUGAGAGACAAGACAGGGACUCCUUCCAGGGUCAGCCUAAGAGACAAGACAAUGAUUAUGGCUUCGAUAAGUCUAGGCGGCAAGGUCAAGACUGUAGCUCAGGUCGAAGAUUGAAUCAUAAAUCCAGCGAUGGCCAGCAUAAAAUACAAAAUAUCAUUGCCUUAGGUCAGUGUGAGAAACCACCUCGAGAUUCUCAUUAUGGUCAGUCUGAGAAGGUUGGACAACAAUAAAGCUGUGACCAAUCUGUGAGCCUCAGACCAGACUCUUGCUCCAGCCAAAGGAACCAAAAGGAAUCAGGCUAUAAUCAAAGAUACAGGUACAGAUUCAAUUCUCAAUGUGACCAGACAGACAGUAAAGGCCAGAGCCCUCACUAUGGCAUGGAUAGACAGGACCAGAGCCUUCACUAUAGUCAGACAGACAGACAGGGCCAGAGCUCUCACUAUGGUCAGAUAGACAGGGCCAGAGCCUUCACUACAGACAGACAGGGCCAGAGCUCUCACUAUGGUCAGAUAGACAGGGCCAGAGCCUUCACUAUAGUCAGACAGACAGACAGGGCCAGAGCUCUCACUAUGGUCAGAUAGACAGGGCCAGAGCCUUCACUACAGACAGACAGGGCCAGAGCUCUCACUAUGGUCAGAUAGACAGGGCCAGAGCCUUCACUACAGUCAGACAGACAGACAGGGCCAGAGCUCUCACUAUGGUCAGAUAGACAGGGCCAGAGCCUUCACUACAGACAGACAGGGCCAGAGCUCUCACUAUGGUCAGACAGACAGAUAAGACCAGAGCUCUCACUACUGUCAAAUGGACAGAUAGGGCCAGAGUUCCCACUACAGCCAGUCACAGGCUGGGGAAACAGAAAUACAAAAACAAAAUAGGUGCAUCCAGAGGUCUCAGGAAACAAGAACAGAUUCAUAUGUUGAGCGGUCAGGAAGACUAAUUCAACAGAUUCAAGGACAGAAAGUGAAGCAACGUCAGAGACAGGGAUUCCAAUCUAAGGAAGAGCAGCAGAACAGCCACUACAUGCGAGAGCCUAAGGAAGACAGCCAAUACCACCAACACAAACUCUUAGCACAAACUCAGCAAGAAAGGGCACCACACCAGAAAGGGAGAGACUGGCAGUCAUGCAGCAGUGAGCAGGGUCAGAGACAGGCCCAGGCCAGGCAAAGUCAUGGUGAGGAACAGAGCCAUCAGGCAGCAGAAAAGCAGGUCCCUCAAAGCUGGGGUAGACACAGCCAUGAGGGACAGGAGAACCCGUGAAGAACAAAGCCAUCAGACAAAGGACAGACAAACCCAUAAAGAUGAGCAGAACCACCAGAGACAAGACAAGCAAACUCAUAAAGAGAUUCAAAACUACAGCAUAGACAAAACCAGGAAGAUGAGCACAACCACAAAAGUCAAGACAGAAAAACCCAUGAAGAUAAUCAAAGCCAUCAGCAACAAUGGGAUAGACAAAGCCCUAAGAAGAAAGAAAGGUUUCAAGGAUCUCGGGCAAGCCUAUCAAAACAGAGGCAAAAUCCACAUUAAUGAAGAUGACCAGAGCUGAAGUUCACAGGGAAGACACUGUGACACAGCUUUGCAUCUAACCCAGAGUAGUAUGAGGCCUCAAAGAAGACAACAGAGCAGAGCUGAUUCUACCAAGGCAGUUUUUCCCAACUUCUUCUAAAGCUAUAUACAUGAACAGAAAUCACAUCAGUAUUAGGCUAUGUGAGCACCAGAGCUAAAGAAGAAACUUACAUGAUAACUUUAUCUUUCCCACCGUUUAGGAGGUGGAAAGCAUGCAUGUCUUCCUUCUGGCCUCUGCAAGGAUGCUCUUGACGGCUAGUGUUCACGGGCAGCACAUUUCAGUUCUUUGAGCAGCAGUUCUAAAGUUUUCUGGAUGAGUGAGAUCUAACUGGUAAACUGGGUGAAAUAAUCAGAUCUUAAUUUGGGGGAUUUGAAUCAUUUCCUGGUUUUCAUCUAUGUAGGCAGGUCCUGAUUGGAUCACUGACAGAACACUUCUCCCUGAAGUUCAGAAACAGGCGAGGUAUUCUGAAGAUUUCCAUUACAUCCAAGGAGAGAAAAGCUAGUCUUAAAAAGCUUGGCUCCUGUGGAUAAAACAUCAGAAUAGCAAGCCUGAUAGACUAGAAUGACACACAGUGAGAGACUGCUAAGACAACCAGGGACUAUGGAGGGCACCUCUGAUGCUUACAUUUCCUGCACCCAGGAUCCUACCCCUCAUCAGAGGGACUGUCCACUGAGCACCUAGCAUUAGAGCUAACUAGACUCACUCCAACUCAAUACUUGUCUAAUUUCUGAUCACACAAAACAGAACGAAAGCAUAUGUCAUCUGUUUUCAGAUACCAAGGGCCCAAAACUGUCGAUCCACAGCUCCCAAGAACUGAAAAUUUUUCACUAUAAAAAUCUCUGUGCAGACUAUGAAACUGUAUUAAAAUACCCAAUAAAUUAUUGGUGAGCAAUGACUGUGACAACUCUUCUUUCUUCACUGUGGGAUUGUGACAUCUUCACUUGUGGGCUACUUUCUGAGAAUAAAACUUCAUUUCUUCACUUCUAAAAUUUCUUUGUUACCUAAGUUCCUGGGGAUUGAAAAAGAAAAUAAUCUGGGGCCAGUGCUGUGGUAUAGCAGGUAAAGCCACCACCUGCAGGGCCAGCAUCACCUUCCAGGCCCACGCCCAGCUAGGCAGCCCGGGUUGGAGCAGCCUGCCACCAAGUAGGAGGCCUCCUGUCCUCCUGUGCCGCAGAGCCCCCUGCAUCCACCUGUGUGCCCUUUUGAUAUUAUUACCUUCUGGUUUUCACAAAUUAAGUUCAAACCAACUACUUAAAAAAAUUUUUUUGCAGUUCCUGUCACCAACCAGGGAUCAUAUUUGACCCUUAGUACUCAAUCACCACAGCACUCAAACAGCACUCAGGCCUUGCCAAUUCUGUACUCGAGAUGCUGCAUCACUCUGGAGUCUCAUGUCUCCAUCUCCACUGCCAUAAUCUCCCGUCGCAGUAGCU